GCCGAAGACAAGGAAUGGGUUCCUGUCACCAAACUUGGUCGCCUGGUCAAGGAUAUGAAGAUCAAGUCUCUUGAGGAGAUCUAUCUCUUCUCGCUUCCAAUCAAGGAAUCAGAAAUCAUUGAUUUCUUCUUGGGGUCUUCUCUGAAAGAUGAGGUUCUGAAGAUCAUGCCUGUUCAGAAACAGACUCGCGCUGGUCAGCGUACCAGGUUUAAGGCCUUUGUUGCCAUUGGAGACUACAAUGGCCAUGUUGGUCUCGGUGUCAAAUGCUCCAAAGAAGUUGCCACUGCUAUUCGUGGGGCAAUCAUUUUGGCUAAAUUGUCCAUUGUACCAGUACGGCGAGGCUACUGGGGGAACAAGAUUGGCAAGCCCCAUACUGUACCUUGCAAGGUUACUGGUCGGUGUGGAUCCGUCCUGGUGCGUCUGAUUCCAGCCCCCCGUGGUACAGGAAUUGUAUCUGCCCCUGUUCCCAAGAAACUGCUGAUGAUGGCUGGUAUUGAUGACUGCUACACUUCAGCCAGGGGCUGUACUGCCACACUGGGCAACUUUGCUAAAGCCACCUUUGAUGCCAUCUCCAAGACCUACAGCUAUCUGACCCCUGAUCUCUGGAAAGAGACUGUGUUCACCAAGUCUCCUUACCAGGAGUUCACUGAUCAUCUGGCUAAGACCCACACCAGAGUCUCAGUGCAGAGAACCCAAGCAGCUGCUGUGGCAACUACUUAAGUGUUUUUUGUACGAGAGAAUAAAGUGAUCAGUGGACAAGAAACUGUGA